AUGUACCAGGCUAGGAUGAUAUCACCUCUGCAGAAGACCUCGGCAGUUGGCACUUGGUACUGGAGGGCCUCGGCACUGAAAUCUGAUAACCGCACCCUGCCGAGGCCUGUAGUAGAGGUGAUGUUGGUUAGAAGCUGCACUUACUCCCAAAUUUCACAGAUUUCAGAGCCACCUACCAAGACAAAGCUACGACCAAGGUGGCACAAAGCUGGGACUAAUUGUGAGCAAGGACCAUGUAAAAAUUCUCGACUGAAGCCAGCCAAU